CUAUCGCUGUAAGGGCAGAAUGAAAAGUUCACAGCAUGAAACAACAGAGUGGAGUGAUUCAGUCACACUGACAGUUUCUGACAAUGAACCCCGUCCUGUCCUCACUGUGUCUCCAUCAUGGCUGAGUCCUGGAGCCUCAGUAACUCUGAACUGUGAGGUUGAACAUCCGUCUGCAGGAUGGAGCUUCUACUGGUAUAAAGCUGUUCCUGAUCUAUCAGAGGAAUCCUCCAGUUAUGAGCUGCUACCUGAUGGCAGUGGGACUGCACAGGACUCCUACAUCAUUCAUGGACAGACACACACAGCAGGAUAUGUGUGCAGAGCUGGAAGAGGAGACCCAGAGUAUCACACUGAUCACAGUCAACCAAAGUUUGUCUGGUCUGCAGAUGUUCAUUCAGCAGCGUCUCUCACAGUGAGUCCUGACAGAGUGCAACACUUCACCUCUGACUCUGUCUCACUGACCUGUGAGGGAAACUUCACUGAGUGGAGAGUGAUGACUGUUCCCCAGAGUGAUCCUUUAUAUUAUUAUAACUGUGAGAGAAUGACUGGAUCCACAUGUAACAUCCACACAUCAAAGUCAGAUACUGGAGUGUACUGGUGUGAGUCUGGAUCGGGAGAGUUCAGCAGUGCAGUCAACAUCACUGGAGGAUGA